AUGAAUUACUCCAAAUACGGAGCCAAGGCAGGUUCUGGUUUUGAGACCAACCGAGAACGUCGCUGCAUAGAGUGCAGCUUCUGUGAGGACGCCCGCUUCGCCCGCACCGGGGUCUGCAUCAGUUGUGACGCCGGCAUGUGCCGCUCCUAUUUCCACGUGACCUGCGCGCAGAGGGAGGGGCUCCUGUCUGAGGCCGCCGCCGAGGAGCAGUACCGCGCCAAGGCGGAGCUGUCCCGGAACACGCGCCCCCAGGCCUGGGUCCCCCGGGAGAAGCUGCCCAGGCCCCUCACCUCCAGCGCCUCCGCCAUCCGGAAGCUGAUGAGGAAGGCCGAGCUCAUGGGCAUCAGCACCGACAUCUUCCCCGUGGACACGUCCGACGCCAACGCCAGCACGGACGGCCGCCGCAAGCACAAGCAGCCCGCGCUCACCGCCGACUUCGUCAACUACUACCUGGAGCGGAACAUGCGAAUGAUUCAGAUCCAGGACAACAUCUCCGAGCAGAAGAACCUAAAAGACAAACUGGAAAGCGAGCAAGAAAAACUGCACGUGGAGUACAAUAAGCUCUGCGAGUUUCUGGAGGAUCUGCUGAAUGUGAACGGGGAGCUGCGGAGUGAAGGCCAGGCCAUGUGGACUCUGAUGGGCGGCAUCCUGGGCCAGAAUAAAGAAUAG